AUCCCACUCCUCGUUCCUGUGGAACGUUUUGCUCGCGGCGGUAUCUCUCUAUAAAGUUGUUGUUGCGGCUUCCGCCGCGGGUGGAGAAAGAUGGCGUCGGGUGGUGGUGGCUGUAGCGCUUCGGAGAGAUUCCCUCCACCUUUUCCUGGCUUGGAGCCGGAGUCCGAGGGGGCGGCCGGGGGGUCAGAACCCGAGGCUGGGGACAGCGACACCGAGGGGGAGGAUAUUUUCACCGGCGCUGCUGCGGCCAGUAAGCCCCAGUCUCCAAAGAGAGUUGCUUCCCUUCCCAUCAACAAUGGCUCCAAAGAAAAUGGGAUCCAUGAGGAACAAGACCAAGAACCACAGGAUCUCUUUGCAGAUGCCACAGUGGAGCUCUCCCUGGACAGUACACAAAAUAAUCAGAAGAAGGUGCCAGCCAAAGCGCUGAUUUCUCUUCCUCCACAGGAAGCCACAAAUUCUUCUAAGCCCCAGACAAGCUAUGAGGAGCUAGAGGAAGAAGAACAGGAAGACCAAUUUGAUUUGACAGUUGGUAUAACUGAUCCUGAGAAGAUAGGGGAUGGUAUGAAUGCCUAUGUAGCCUACAAAGUUACAACACAGACGAGCCUGCCAAUGUUCAGGAGUAAACAGUUUGCGGUGAAAAGAAGAUUUAGUGACUUUCUGGGUCUUUACGAGAAGCUUUCGGAGAAACAUUCUCAGAAUGGCUUUAUUGUCCCUCCUCCACCCGAGAAAAGCCUAAUAGGAAUGACAAAAGUAAAAGUUGGGAAGGAAGAUUCCUCUUCUGCAGAAUUUCUUGAAAAACGGAGGGCUGCUCUAGAAAGGUACCUUCAGAGGAUUGUGAAUCAUCCUACCAUGUUACAGGAUCCUGAUGUCAGGGAGUUCUUAGAAAAAGAAGAGCUGCCACGCGCCGUGGGUACCCAGACAUUGAGUGGUGCUGGUCUCCUCAAGAUGUUCAACAAAGCCACGGACGCAGUCAGCAAAAUGACCAUCAAGAUGAAUGAAUCAGACAUUUGGUUUGAGGAGAAGCUCCAGGAAGUGGAGUGUGAAGAGCAGCGCUUACGGAAGCUGCAUGCUGUUGUAGAAACUCUAGUGAACCAUAGAAAAGAGCUCGCACUGAACACAGCCCAGUUUGCAAAGAGUCUAGCCAUGCUUGGGAGCUCUGAGGACAACACAGCACUGUCACGGGCACUCUCCCAGCUGGCUGAGGUGGAAGAAAAAAUUGAGCAGCUUCACCAGGAACAGGCCAACAAUGAUUUCUUCCUCCUUGCUGAGCUCCUGAGUGACUACAUUCGUCUCCUGGCCAUAGUCCGUGCUGCCUUCGACCAGCGUAUGAAGACGUGGCAGCGCUGGCAGGAUGCUCAGGCGACGCUGCAGAAGAAGCGGGAGGCUGAGGCUCGGCUGCUUUGGGCCAACAAGCCUGACAAAUUGCAGCAGGCUAAGGACGAGAUCUUAGAGUGGGAGUCUCGAGUGACUCAGUAUGAAAGGGACUUUGAAAGGAUUUCAACUGUGGUCCGAAAAGAAGUGAUACGGUUUGAGAAAGAAAAAUCCAAGGACUUUAAAAACCACGUGAUCAAGUACCUUGAGACACUCCUGUAUUCACAGCAGCAGGCUGGGGAGCAGUUGGGAAACAGGUCCAGAAUACUCCGAACAAAGAAGUUGCCCAGGUAUAGUAAGUUUCUCUCCACAGGAGUUUAAGCUUUUGCUGCUGCUUCCCUAUGGGACUAGAAUUUCUUUUUUUCUAUCUACCUCUGCUACGUACUCUGAGGGUCUCUUAACCUGUUUAAUUCUUAUUCCUACUUUUUUAGGGAAGGAGUUGUAAAGACAUCUCUUAUAGUAAGAGGGACAAUGGAUUCUCCUGCGAAGGAGGCAGACUUUCUUUUAUUCCUACCCUGUUUCCCUUAGCUGCCCAGGGCUCUCUCAGUCUUGCCCUCUGAUAGCAGACUUCUGAACUUCUUUCUGCCAAGUCCCCAGUAGACCGAUUCCUGUUAAAAGUGUAAAGAGCUGAUAAGGACUUAACACUUUAUCUCCGUUGAGAACAGAGCCAGCACUCUGCCUCUAGAUCAGGUCAUCCAAGAGAUCCUAAACUUUUUGAGGUUCCAAGAAGCUUUACUCUCUGUGCCCAGGAGGUAGCAUGCCAACAACAGGGCCCGAGUGUUGUCAGCUUAGGCCAAGGGCGUUCAAAGGGGUCUCUGUCCUGGCCUGGCCAGGGAGACUGGAGUCUCACAUGCGUUGUUGCUGGGCUUCCCCUCAGCUGUGUCCACAGCUGCUUAAACUGGCUGAUCAGAGUGGUCUGUGAAGCUGCUCUGUGGGGCAGGGUUGGCAGAUUGCCUGCCAUGGAACCUCGCCACUCCUGUCCGCCACCCCCCAGCCCCAGGGACGCCCCUUUCUGUGGGCAUUCCAGGCCUGCUCUGUUAGUUCUCUUGGGUGGGUGGUUAAGGUUUGGGGAGGGACAGCCUGAGGCAAGAGAAUGCAGUAAACAGCACUGAUUUCCAGUGCACCAGCCUGGUGGGGGCAGGGAUCCAGGGUGGGGGUGCAGUGCUGGCAAGUAUUUUUUUCAACGGUUGGGUGUUUGUUUUGUUUUGUUUUAGAAAAAGUCACUCAGUCUCUCCCUAUCCCCCAAUAUCUUUAUUAACACUCUUGAUUUUUUUCCUUCCAGUCUUGCGUUUGCUUUUGCACAGUUGUAAUAAUACCCACGUGAAAUAUUUUGUAUCCUUUUAUCAUUCAGCGCUAUAUAUUUUGUAAGCAUUUCUUCUUUAUUGUUACAUAUCUUCACAAACUUUAUUUAGAAGGGUAUGUAAUUUUAAGGCUUCCACAGAGUGCUUGUACCAUAAUUCUGACUCAUCCCUUGUUGUUGGAUUCUUGGUUGUUUGGUAAAUUUUAAAUUUUAAUAUAAUUUAAAUCUUCUGGAAAAGUUACAGGAUAUCACGAAGAAUUCCCAUAUAGCCUUUACCCAGAUUUACCAAGUGUUUACAUUUUACCGUAUUUGCUUUAUGAUUUAUUAUCUAUAUUUACAUAUUGUAUUUUCUGAAGCAUUUGAGAGUAAAUUGCAGACAUUGUGCCCCUUUACCCCCAGAUCUUUAGUAUACAUUUCCUUAAGAACAAGGACAUCUCUCAUAAUUUACAACCAUAAGUAUGUUUAUCAAAAUCAGGAAGUUUGACAGUAAACUAAUACUGUUACAUAACCCAUGGUCCAUAUUUAAAUGUUGUCAGUUAUCCCAGUGGUGUCCUUUAUAGCUAUUCCCUUUUUCCUGGUUCAGGAUCAUGUGUUAUCUUGAGUUGUAACAUGCGAUCACUUGUGUCUCUCUUAAUCCAGAAGAGUUUCUCAGCCUUUCUUUGCCUUUCAUUACCUUGGCAUUUUUGAAGAAUAUAGGCCAGGUAUUCUGUAGAAUAUCUUUUGACUUGGAUUGGCCUCACGGUUCCGUGUGACUAUAUUAGGGUUUUGCAAUUAGGCAGGAACAUCACAGAAGUGAUGCGUCCUCAGUGCAUUUUAAGUUGGCACAUGAUGUCGGUCCCGUUAAUGCUGAAGUUAACUCUGAUCACUUGAUUACUAUUUUCCCCUUUGUAAUUGACAAGAAAUUUGUGGGGAGGUACUUUGAGAUCAUGUAAAUACUUUGUUCCUUCUCCAGUGUGCUUUUCUGGCUCCAUAAUCUACAUUUACUGGUUGGCAUUCUACUAAAGAAAAACAUCCUUUCUCUCUACUUAAUAAUCUACUUGUUUAUCAGUAUGCAUGAAUGGAUUCCUAUUUUACUCAAAGUGCAUUGCAAGCCCUUGCUUUGAUUUACUUUGAUUCUCAAAUCAUCCCAGAUGAUUUUUUUAACCUGUCCCCUUCAUUUUUUUUUUUUUUUUAACACUUUUCUUACUUUCUGGCAUAAUAAAAUGUUUCAGGCUUCUCUUAUAUCUUCCUUGCCCCAGCUCUGGAAUCAGCCAUUUCUCCACAGAGUCCUGAUUUCUUUUAAUGGAGAAUUAAAUAUAUAUAGAAACCAAGAUCUGCGUGCUGAGCGUGCUCAUUGCUCCUGCAGUGUCAUUGCUUCUAGGCUUUUGGCAGAGCAGGAAAGUAAUGAAAGACAAAGAUAUAUAGCAGUAGCAAGAGAGAGAGAUGACAUAAAGAAUUAGAUAUUAGAAAGCAUGAAUUCACACAGAUCCUUACAGUCUAACCCCAUUGGGUUUAUCUAAGUCUUCUCCCUUUUCCAUACUUGCAACUCUUCUCCAAAGAAACUUAAUUGUAAAACUUUAUCCUUGCUUUGUUGUAUUCCAUCCUGUGAUCAUCUUGCUGCAAGUCUGUUAUUUCCUUGGGAUGGACUGUGGUUUCAGAACUUCCUCCUUAGCAUCUGGCACUGGAGGCUGACAGGCCUGUGCAUUUCUGUACAGAGCUUGCACACAUGGAAACUGAGAAAGCAAACAGGUUAAGGGUACUGAGCCCAAGGCCUGCACGGUGGUACAAAAGAUAGAGUCAUUCUACCUGGGGCCUCAGGAAGAAGACGUUUGUAGAGAAGAGGAUGCUUGAACUGUGGCUUAAAGGUGAAGAGGCAUUUGCCCCUUCUGCUGGGCCCAUUCUACCUCCCUGUCUCUUGACAGUGGGAGGUAGGCAUCUAGGGAAAUGUAGGUGGCUUGGUAUGGUGUGGGUCAAGUCAUUGGGCAGCCCACAGAGAGUGACAAGCAGGAACCAGAUCACACUGCUUGAUACAACUUGUGAAGCACUUGGCACAAUUGCCCAAAAGGGUGGGGACCCACUGAAGGGACUCAAGCAGGGAAUAACAUGUUCACAUUUGUGAUUUAGACGCAUCAGACUGGAGGCAAGGAGAGCAGCCAUGUUCAUCCCAGCCAGCCAGAUUGCUGAGGAGGACAGAAGGGAUGGUCUCUUGGAGAGGCUCAGAAGGUGGACGUGGAACCACUGGACACCUGGUCACUGAUCUGAGAGAGGCCUGAGGGAUGAGCUAGCCUGACUUGCAGGUUUCUGGCUGGAAUUUCGGGAUAGAGAGUGAAGAGUACUUAGCAGGGAAUAUACCAUGAUCAUGAAGGUGGUUUCCCCCAGGGCGAGGCUUAUCCAUUGCACUCUGGAUGUGCCGACCCCUGCGAUUUCCCCAAAAGUGGGGAACUCGACUGCAUAAUUUGUGGUAGUGGGGGACCACGUUCAUGCUUCCCCCUGGGAGGGUGCGGUGGGGGAAGGAUGGACAGUGAAGGGAGCCCUUAAUGACACAGGCAACACAAGGCCAAGUAGGUUUGGAGCAGAUGGGAGCAGAAGCCGUCAGUGCUGCCUGUGUCAUGUAGCAUAAGAGGCUCCUCUGAAUGGGAAGGGAGGCCCAUGCUGAGAGGUGGGAGAGAAACCUAGUGAAAGGAGGCUUUGUUUUAUUUAAAGGUGGGUCAGACUUGGCAUCUUAAUAAAAUUCAGAGGAGAGAAAGGGAAUCGCUAUCAGAGCUGUGUCUGGGGACAAAUGCACAGAGCAGGGAGCCUCACUGCCAAGCAAGGAGGCGUGGGGAAGGAAGACAGGGUGGGGCAGAGAAUAUAGGUCUCCUGCUUGGUAAUUAAAGUGUUUUCAAAUAGAGAUACCUGGUUUUCCUAUUGUGAGUUAAGUGGUUUAGAGAAGAGGUGUGGAGACGAGUCUGUACUUCCCUACUUCCCCAUGCAUUAUUUCCCCAAAGAAUCUCUGGGCUUCAGAGUCUAGAGCAUGAAACUUUGAGCUAGAGGGACCCCAGCAUUCAAUAUGAGUACUGAGUGACAGAUUAAAUGAGAAGUGGGAAUGAUAGAAAGUGUCACUUACGCAUAGGUAUUUGUAACUUUGAACUCUUUCCAGAAGACUUUCAUUCUGAGUGCACCUAUAGCUGGGAACCAUAAAGAAAAUAAAGAAUACCUUUGCAGCUUAAAGUUUAAAAACCAAGAGAUGAUAAUGAAAUCUGCUAAGGAUGGGACCAGGAAGUGAUUGAAGAGAGAGCAUGGUGAUGGAGGAGGGUCCGUUGCUGAGCAUGGUUACGGCCCAAAUGGGAGUGGAAACCAUGGAUUUUGAGGGACAUCAGGUCCCAAAGUGGUGGAAUUUUCUCCACAGCAGCCUAGGGGAGCAGGAGGAAAGGGGAAGAUGAUGGUGAUCCCUCCUGGAGCAAAGAAGAACAGACCUUUGCUGCAAUUGUCAUGCACCUGAACUGAAUGCCCUGUCUUUGGAGACACUGGCUAAGUGUCUUGGGGAGAGACGCUCCACGACUGGGGAGAGUCGGGCCCGAGCUGAGAGUUAGAAAUGGGUAAGAACCACUCAUCCGUGUCUACUGGCCAGGGGAAGGGUGUGUACGUCAUCUGCCAACGUCUUGUGGCACGAGAUGUGUGGUUGAUUUUGGCGCUCUCUGCCAAACAGUCAACUCUCCGAAGUGGUACGUCUUUGUCACUCCAUGGUCCCCAGGAAAGAUUUGGGCUCAAAAUAGGUGCCAGAUAGAUCAAGGUUGAAUGAUCUCCAACUGCAGGUUCUGCCACCUGGCACUCCCAGUGUUCUCUGAGAGGAUUCCCGCUCGCUUUCCUGUUUAUGUCCUAGCGCUUCACAACAAUGCCCCACCCCUGACAGAAACUGCCCCCAAACAUGCUCAUGCUCUUUGCUUCCUCAGUUCUGUGCGGCCCAGGCCUAAGGAGCCUUUUGUUAAUGGUGGGCUUUGUACCUGACAUGCCCUGUCUCGGUUCCCAUCCCUCUCUUCAGUCUCAGAAUUACACCUGUCUGAAUGGGAGUGGAAGUAGAUGGAGAUGGAAAGCACUGGUAAACGUGUCAGAACAUUCACGGGGGAUUCCCGUAGACACGUCUAGAAACCAAGUCCAUGAAGAAGACUGUGCAAAGGGGCCCAUCUUAGCAAGGUGUACAGUGUACAGUUGUAAAAAUUGAAAUCAAUCUCUGUACAGCAGGAAGGGAUUAAAUGAAUUAUGGUACAUAAUACGAUUGGGUGUACAGUCAUUGGAGAUGAUACAUAGCUAUAUUCAUUGACAAGGAAAACGUUUUUAAGUGAAAAAAGUAGGCUAUAGAAUUACAUGUAUAGUGUGGUGUAAGUUUAUAUAAAACUACAUAUAUGGAACGAAUGUUGAUUGAAUUGUUAACUAUGGUUGCCCUAGCAGGAUGGAAUUCUGCAUUAUUUAAAAUUUUCACAGUAUUUUAUGUUGCUUGGAAUUUCUAUGUAUUUUUAUGAUCAUAAAAAUUAAAUAAAGUGUUUUCAUUAUGGGGAAAAAAAUGCAGUGCA